AAUGUCUGCAGUGUGCAACUUUGUUACACUCCACACUGGGCAGAAGAUGCCUCUCAUAGGACUGGGAACCUGGAAAAGUGAACGUGGCCAAGUGAAAGAAGCAGUGAAAUAUGCCCUGAGUGUGGGUUAUCACCACAUCGAUUGUGCAGCAGCUUACAGCAAUGAAGCGGAGAUCGGUGAGGCUUUCCAGGAAUGUCUUGGGCUCAACAAGGUUAUUAAAAGGGAGGACCUGUUUGUAACAUCAAAGCUCUGGAAUACCAAGCACCACCCAGAAGAUGUAGAGCCAGCACUAAGGAAAACACUUAGAGAUUUGAAACUGGAUUACCUGGACCUGUACCUCAUGCACUGGCCUCAUGCCUUUGAACGGGGGGACAAUCUAUUCCCAAAGAAUCCGGAUAACACAAUGCGUUAUGAUUACACGGAUUACAAGGAUACCUGGAAGGCUAUGGAGAAGCUGGUAGAAAAAGGUCUUGUGAAAGCCAUUGGGCUGUCAAACUUCAACAGUCGUCAGAUUGAUGAUGUACUAAGUGUGGCUACUGUCAAACCGGCUGUGCUCCAGGUAGAAUGCCAUCCUUACCUAGCUCAGAAUGAGCUGAUAGCUCACUGCCAGAAGCGAGGACUGAUUGUCACUGCCUACAGUCCCCUGGGUUCUGCAGAUCGCACGUGGAAACACCCGGAUGAGCCUGUGCUUCUAGAAGAACCUGGGAUCAAAAAACUGGCAGAAAAAUACAGCAAGUCACCUGCACAGAUCAUCCUCAGGUGGCAAGUGCAGCGUAAAGUGGUUGCCAUUCCCAAGAGCGUCACUCCUGCUCGCAUUCAACAGAAUGUCCAGGUGUUUGAUUUCAGCCUCACAGAAGAGGAGAUGAGCCACAUUGGAAGCCUGAAUAAAAACUGGCGUUACAUUGUGCCAAUAAUUAUGGUGAAUGGAAAGCCAGUAGCAAGAGAUGCCGGACACCCCCAUUACCCUUUCAAUGACCCCUAUUAACUACCAGAAAAU